AUGCCGAACCCACGCGUGUUCUUCGACAUCAGCAUUGACAAGAAGCCUGCGGGCCGCAUCGAAUUCGAGCUGUUCGCCGAUGCGGUUCCCAAGACGGCAGAAAACUUCCGGGCUCUGUGCACUGGUGAGAAGGGUACAGGCCGGAGCGGAAAGCCGCUGUACUACCAAGGAUGCCCCUUCCACAGAAUCAUUCCGCAAUUCAUGUGCCAAGGAGGCGACUUCACCCGCAUGAACGGAACCGGUGGCGAAUCCAUCUACGGUGAAAAGUUUGCGGACGAAAACUUCAGCUACAAGCAUUCUGAGCCCUUCCUCUUGUCUAUGGCCAAUGCUGGACCCAACACCAACGGCUCUCAGUUUUUCAUUACCACUGUUCCCUGCCCCUGGCUGGACGGAAAGCACGUCGUUUUCGGGAAGGUUGUUGCAGGACAGGAAGUUGUGAAAAUGAUGGAGGCCGAGGGACGCUCUAAUGGUCAGCCAAAGUGUGCCGUUGAGAUUUCGGCGUGCGGCCAACUCUCGUAA